AUACAUCUCGGAUGAUGAUACUUUAAAGUAUCUGGAGAAGCAUUCUUUCCACAACCUGUCCAGGGUCAGCCACAUACAGCUGACUGGUAUCAAAACCCUGUCACACAUCGACCAAGAGGCGUUUAAAGAUCUGCCUAAUUUAAAGUACCUAGGAAUCACCAACACAGGGCUCACCUCCUUCCCUGGGCUUCAAUAUAUUCAAUCCAGCCAGGAUGAUUUUAUUUUGGAGAUAGUGGAGAAUGUCUUCAUUCAGGUGAUACCUGCUAACUCCUUCACUGGAAUAUCUGAGAAUACUCUGACCAUCAUGCUGAAUAGCAAUGGUGUGAAAGAGAUCCAGCGCUAUGCCUUCAAUGGGAGCAGACUGGAGGAAGUGUAUCUUCACAGGAACGUGGAUUUGGAACGAAUAGACGAAUUCGCUUUUUAUGGCGUGAUUCACGGCCCAACGCAUCUAGACCUUUCAGAAACCAAAGUUAGCUCUCUGCCUUCAAUAGGUAUGGAGACCAUUGAAAAGCUCCAGAUUAAAAACACUUGGGCCCUCAAAGUUCCUCCCCCCUUUAGAGCCUUCCUCCACUUACAGAGCGCUGAAUUGACCUUCCCCAGCCAUUGUUGUGGUCUCAAAAUGUUGAAGAGAUGGAGAGGACACUCUGAGGCCGUUUUUUGCAACCUGACACGGACUGCGUUGAAAAAGCUGCAGGACUCCUCUCAGAAAUAUCCAGUUAACGAAGUGUACCAGCAUCUCAAAGAAAGCUCUACUCUUCCAGCUCAUGGGAGCAGAAAUCACAACCACUUGUACGACAGCCCCACGUGCCCGACUGAACAGGCUCAGAAUGAGGGUUUGUUUUACGUGGAGUUGCCUACAGAGCAUCUCAGUGAAGGGUUUGACUUUGCUCUGUGUGAUGAACUUCGUACGGAUACUCACAGACUCAUUUGUACCCCUCUGCCUGAUGCUUUGAACCCCUGUGAGGAUGUGAUGAGUCAUGGCUUCCUGCGGGUGUUAGUCUGGGCGGUCAGUCUGUUAGCUAUCUCCGCUAACUUCCUGGUGAUGUUCAUCCUGCUGACCAGCCGGCAGAAGUUGUCCGUCCCCCGCUUCCUCAUGGGUCACCUGGCGUUCGCAGACUUUUGCAUGGGGAUAUACUUACUGUUCAUAGCAUCUGUGGACCUCUACACACGCUCCCAUUACUACCACUAUGCUAUCGCCUGGCAAACAGGAAGUGGCUGCAAUCUAGCAGGAACGUUAUCAGUGUUUGCCAGCGAGCUAUCAGUGUACACAUUAACGCUAAUCAGCUUGCAACGUUGGCAUGCAAUUUUCUAUGCAAUGAGGCCAGACAGGAAGAUGAGGUUACGCCAUGCAGCUGUGCUAAUGCUAAUCGGCUGGUUGCUGUGUUUGAUCCUAGCUCUGCUGCCAGUAGUGGGAGUGAGCAGUUUCCAGAAAGUGAGCAUCUGCUUGCCCAUGGACACUGAAACCACCGCUGCUCGGACCUACGUGGUGUCGUUGCUCAUGGUUAAUGUCGUUGCUUUCAUGGUGGUGUGUCUAUGUUACCUCCACAUCUACUGCAUGGUGCACAAUCCCCAGCACCAGUCCAGCAGAUGCGAUACGACCAUGGCUAAACGCAUGGCGGUUCUGAUUUUCACCAACUUCCUGUGUCUGGCUCCCAUCUGUUUCUAUGGCUUGUUUGCAGCGCUCCACCAACCAUUGAUGACCAUCACAGACUCCAAGGUGCUGCUGGUGCUUUUCUACCCUCUCAACUCUUGUGCGCACCCUUUUUUUUAUGCCAUCCUGACGAAGGCGUUCCACAGAGACAUCCUGAUGCUGCUGAGCCGGAUGGGGCUGUGUCAGCGUCAGGCUCAUCUCUACCGGAGCCAGCAAGUUAAUAUAUACACAGACACCAUGUCCCCCCCACUGUCCGGACCCCACAUCCCCAAAUGUUCAGUGAUCUCCAGGCUACGAGAGGCCCCCAAAUUGUCUUGCAGUAGCAGAUUUAAAAAACACUAAUUCGCUUAUUUUGUUAAUACCAAUUCAAAGAACCUAACACACACACAGUAACAUGUGCCUUUUUAGAAUGUGUAGUCUUCUAAUUUUCUUGUGUCAAUAUAGCUGGUUGUUUGCUUUCCCAAAAAUCAUGCUCCAAUUAUUAAUCAACAGUUUAGUAUUUGCAACGCAUUCUUGG